AUGAAUCUACAUUGCCAUAUUUACAGCUGCAACAACAAAGGUUUCAGCCUUCCUUCUUUUCUAAAAUUUUUCUUCUUCUUUUCUUCUAUAAAUUUUCUUCUUUUCUUCUUAUUCUUCUUCUUCUUUUUUUUUUCUUCUUCUUUUUCUUCUUAUUUUCUUAUUCUUUUUCUUCUUUUUCUUCUUCUUCUUUCUUCUUAUUAUUAUUAUUAUUGUUUUAAUUCAAUUUUUCGAACUCCUGUUUCUUCUCAUUCGCAUUCUUUUCUAACAUCCCUUUCUUCUUCGUCUAGUACCUAUCCCCCUCUUCAUUUCUUCGCUUUGAAUUUCUUGAGAAAUUUUUCUUUUUCCUUUUUCUUCGUUUCAAGUCCUAUCUUUCUAUACUAUUCUGUUCUUAUCUAUCUAUCUAUCUAUCUAUCUAUCUAUCUAUCUAUCUAUCUAUCAUAUCUAUGUAUCUUUAUCUAUCUCUGUCUCUAUCUACCUAUGUCUCUCUAUAUUUUUAUCUAUCAAAAACUGUAUGUCUAUCAAAACAUCUAUCUAUCUAUCUAUCUCAAUCGGUCUAUCUCUAUCAACAUAUAUAUUUAUCAAUCUCCAUCUGGCUCUAUCUAUCUAUCUAUCUAUCUAUCUAUCUAUCUAUCUAUCUAUCUAUCUAUCUAUCAACAUGUAUAUUUAUCUACCUCUGUCUCUAUCUACCUAUGUCUCUCUAUAUUUUUAUCUAUCAAAAACUGUAUAUCUAUCUAUCUAUCUAUCUAUCUAUCUAUCUAUCUAUCUAUCGAUAUGUAUAUUUAUCUAACUCGAUCUAUCCAUAUGUUUGUUGAUCUCAUUCUAUUCACAUCUAUCCCAUUCUCUUUGCAUCUAUCUAUCUAUCUAUCUAUCUAUCUAUCUAUCUAUCUAUCUAUCUAUUUUCAUUUCUGUAGUAUUGCAUGUAAAUGA